AUGGACAAUGGUCUCUACUGGAAACUCAAAAAUGAUUGCCUAUCCCUGGAAGUUAUUAAACAUAUCGAGUCGAACGAUAUAGAAGGUCUUUUGAAUUAUGAAGGUUUAAUACAAGAAAUAAAAACGGAAAAUUGUGAAUUGAUUAAUUUUUUAGCAAGAGAAGAGAAUUUACGUAAAAUAAUUAAAUACAUAACGGAGGAAUCUAAUGAAAAAAAUAAUUAUGACAAGUCUUAUAAAUUUCCAUACAAAUGUCAUCAAAUAUUGAAUUCAGAAAAUAAGGUAAUAAUGGAUUCACUAGUAUAUAAUGAAAAAUUAAUGAAAUUGUUUUGGAGUUUUAUACUAAAAAAAAAUCAACUGAACGAAGUUUUAUCAGGAUAUUUUAGCCGAUGUGCCAUAACAAUAUAUAAUAAAUAUACAAAAGAGGUGGUAAAUUUUUUAAAAAAAAAGAAAGAAUUAUAUUUAAAAGGUUUCUUAUAUCAUUUUUAUUCCAGAAAUAUAACUGAAUUAUUUAAAGUUUUAUUAUUUGUAAAAAUGCCAUAUCUAUGUAUAUUUGAUAAUAAAGAUAUUAUGUACUUUAUUUUAAGUAAUUUAAAUGGAAAUUUUUCAGAUCAAAUUUUUAUAAUAUGUGAUAGGGAGGAUAAUAUAACAUGUCUUAUUAGAGAUAUAUUUGUUCGAAAAUCAGAAAUUUAUUAUUUUAAUUAUUUCUUAAUUGAUUUAUCAUCUCAGUUAUCUUUUUCAUAUUUAAUCAAAUGUGUCUUUUCAGAUUGCCCAUACACAAUAUCUGCUGCAAUUACCAUAAUUUCAGAUUUGCUUCAUUACACUGUACUAUCCAAAUCAUACAAUAACAUUGAUUUUUAUGAAUGUUUAGAUUUGUACAAUAAAGAACAAGAUCAAAAAAUGAAACAGUUGAAACAGAUAGAGCAAUGCAAAAACACAAGGAAAAAAAAAAAAAAAAGGAAAUCAAACAAAGUUAUAGAUGAAGAGGAUGUUUACAAUUCUUCCAAAGCUCAUGCUAGUUGCCUUAACCAAGUACGAGAAUCAGAUCAAUCAAUUCUUUUUGGUUCAUCAGGUCCUUCCUAUGGCUCCUGUGAUCAGUAUGGUUUGUGUACAUCCGAUUACACAAAUACAUCUAAUGUUCUUAUUUCAUCUGAUAUUGGAAUCACAUGUAGAAAUUACUCUCACCCCAUUGCAUCUGCUGGUGGUGCAGAUACCGGUGAAGAAGAAAAGAGAGAAAUCGAAAAAAGUGAAAUUGAGAGAGAAAAAGGAGGUGGAGGAGGAGGAAGAAGAAGAAGCAAUGGGGGAGAAGUAGCUAGCCAAGGAGACUGUGAAACGGAGAAUCAAGAUCUACAAGGAAUAGACCAAGGGCCAAGUCACAUGAACAAGAAAAUAGAAGAUGAAACGAAGGAAAUUGAGACAAAUAUCAUUAUGGAUAGUGUGCAAGACAGAGAAAUUCCAGAUGUAGAGAAGGAGAAAAUGUAUAAAACUUUUCACGCAGGAACAGAAGAAGAAAUUAACAAGACCAAAUUCGAAUCUGAAGCAAGUGCAUCGUUUGGAAAAGCUUUUGACAUGUGUCUCGGAUUGCACCCGGAUGUGCAUCACCAAGGGGAAUGCGAUCAUUCAGGGGAGAAAAAUAACAUGAACAAAGGCUUACCAACAAAUGAAAAUUGUGCAAGGGAGGAUGGUGAUGGGAGAGACGAUGACUGGAGAGAUGGUGAAUGGAGAGAUGGUGAAUGGAGAGAUGGUGAUUGGAGAGAUGGUGAAUGGAGAGAUGGUGAAUGGAGAGGUGGUGAUUGGAGAGAUGGAUACCAUGAGAGAAGUGAAGAACUUCCGAAUCAUAACAUUCCAAAUUCUGAGAUCACUUCCAAAGGAGGGGGAAACAAUAUGUUGUGCAUGAACGAGAAUUCUGAGGAAAAUAAAAGAAACGGAGAAUCGAUGCAUGUGCAUGAAGGUUCGUUAUCCUAUUACUAUAUGUCUAUGAAUGCAAAUCAGGGAGAAGAGACAAAUGUACAAAUUGGAUCCAACCAAAUGAAUAACCAUAAUACACAUGUAGAAUCGAAUUUAGAUUCGUAUCAUUCAGAAAUAUCGAACAUGCACAUAUUUAAUAACAAUAAACAGUGUGUCGAGAAUUUGAACAAUUGCUCGAAGUACAACAGUAAGGAAGCAAAAAUUGAAAGAAAUAGUGACAAUGAGAAUUGCUUAUCAUACGGGUCGGACGUAUCUUCAUCAGAAUCAUCAGAUGAUGAAAAUUUCGAUCAUUUGAAGAAAAUAAAAUUCGAAGAUGUGCUAAAUAGAAUGAAAAGAAUCGCAAGCAGUAGAGUGCAUGUGAAGGAAGACCAAGAAGAAAUUUCUUCAGAUUUACUAGUAGACGAUGUAUCAUUACAAAUGUGUGGUGUGGGAGGAAUCAUUAGCUGUAGUUCGUUGAACUUUGCUCAAAGUAAGGAAAAGAAAAAAAUAAAAGAAGAUAUUUUUGGAAUAGAAUCGAACAGCUGCUCAGGAAAUGUGAUAAAUGGAAAUACAAACGAAGAAGACACAUUUCAAAUAUUCGAAAAAGAAAAAGAAGGAGAUAUAAAUAUACCACUAAACAAGUGGGUAGAAUAUCUUGAGAAUAGCACCUUUAUAGAUAUAUGUUUUUUUAAUUACAUAAAAGAUAUUAUGAAACUAUAUAUUAAAAAUAUAAAUAAAAAUAAGAAUAAAAAUAUCCUAGGAUUUACAACUUUAGAAAUUAUUCAAUUAAUAAAAACGUUGAUAAAAACCAAGUCGAAAAACAUUUUGACAGAAAUAAUUGAUGAAGGGUUUUUCGAUAUAUCCAUUGAUAUAUUUUUUAAAUAUAAAUGGAAUAAUUUAUUGCACAUAUCUGUAUGUGAUUUAUUACAAACUAUUAUAUUUAAAGAAAACGAAUAUUCCUAUCUCUUAUAUUAUAUAUUAGCUUUGACUACAUUUUUACCCAAGUGCUUAAGAUAUUUUGAUGCUGUAAGAAGAUGUCGAAACAUUAAAAAUAAAAAAAAAAGAAAAAAAUUCGAAAAUUUAAUUGAUUGUGGAUACAAAGCACAUUUACUUCAUAUUUGCCAAAUCUUGAGCAACAAAUCUUUAGAAAUUAAAUGGCUUUCAAACUUCUUAGUUACUGUUUCUGGAUGGAAUGAUAUAAUUAUUGAAGAACUGAACCAUUAUUCUCUAUAUUUCAAUGAUGUUAAUUAUGGGGAUGAAAAAAGGGCAGAAGAGGAGAGGGAGGAGGUAGCUCACCAUCAUCCUGAUGAUGAUAUACUGUCAAAUAAUUUGUGCAAUCCAGCAGAUAAUAAUCUGAUGUUACAUCACCAUCUUAAUAAUACUGGAGAGUUGAACAAUCGUGAGAAUAUUACAAAUGAUAAUGUCAAUGGAAAUAGUGAUAGAUGUAUGAAUCGAAAUUACCAUUAUGAUGAUGAAGAGGAGGAAGAAGAAGAAGAAGAAGAAGAGGAAGAAGAUGAAGAGGAGAUCCAAAACAAUCACAAUAGAAGAAAGGGAUUAAUCAUCCAGAAUAAUGAUGAAAAUGAGGUAGGAAUUAAUAACCACGAAAAUAACAAUAAUAACUGUUUUAGUAACUAUGCAAAUGUUAUUGACAUACUGUUUGAUGAAAAUAAGAAUGAUUACAUCAAGUAUGAAGAUGAUUACCAUGAAAACAACGACAGCUAUAACCUAAGUUCGAAUUGCAAUUUUAGCAACAAUAACAAUUCUGGAUCAGAUAAUGGAAAUAAUUUCAAAGGUAAUUAUGACAAUCCAAGUGAAUAUGACCCGAGAGACAAUUACCACGGCGAUUACAAUGUGCAUGAAGGUGAAAAUUACAGUGAACAUUCUAAUAUGCACCCGAACGAGAACCCGAACGAGAACCCGAAUGAAAACCCGAAUGAAAACCCGAAUGAGCACCUUAAUGUGCACCUUAAUGUGCACUCGAAUGAACAUCAUCAGGGAAAUGACCACUUCUCAGGCCCCACGAAUAUUUAA